AUGUCCUCGAGACCGUCCUGGAGUCGCUUAGAUUCAAAAGGCUGGCACUCUUCUCAGGAUGAGGAGCCUCGCAAGGCGAGAGCCGUAUCGGCCAUGACUCCCGAAUGCCCCGAUACUGGCUCUCGCGCUGCUCGCGAACGAUUCCGCGAAGUAGUUAGGAAGGUGAUGCUCAUGCGACGAGCGUCUUCCAUGAUGUCAGGCCACACCCUCAUAGGCGCCGAGCCCGGUGUCGAUCCGCGCAGCCUAACAGCCUUCGCACUGUAUGGGCAUGUACGGAAGGAGUGCCAAAUUGAAGUCACUGACUAUUCCAAGACCAACCGCAAAGCGCGCAGGAUGUCGAAUGACACUUUCAUUGACUGGGCGAAGGACCCAGCGGCAUCCGCGAGGCACUCGUGGGUCAAGGUGAGGUGGAUCAACGUCUCUGGCAUCAGCUGGGAUGUGAUGAGUACACUGGCAGUGAAGUAUUCACUCCACCCCCUGGCGCUAGAAGAUAUCCUUAGUCAGCGAGGGAACGCAGCCUCUAAGGCGGAUUACUAUACAAAACACCUUUUCCUCCGCAUCCUCCGCCAUACAGUUGACAACGAUCGAGAUGCCGAAGACAUAACCGACCUGCCUCUUUCUUCAUCACCCACGCAGCAAGCGGGCAACAAUGACAGGAAAUACAAGGGUCUUGCCUCAAGUCAGGUCCGGGAAAUCAAUGGAGACCGAAGCAGAUCAAGCAUCCAAGAGGACCCAUACCGCGCAGCCACCAAAGCCCUCAGGAAGGGCGGUGUGCACGUCAAGAUUCAACCGAUGUUCAUAUGCCUCUUGCGUGACGGGACUGUCAUCUCCAUCUCCCCAGACUUAGGGAUAGCUUUCACCGAGCCCAUAGCCCAACGUCUCCAAGAGCUGGACAGUGUCCUCAGAAUGACGGCCGACGCCUCCGUCCUCGUCCAAGGUAUCAUGGAUCUUAUUGUCGAUAGAGCUAUGGAGGUAGUCGACGAGUAUCAAGGGAGGAUCUUGAAGCUUGAGCGACAAGUUCUGAUGAACCCCAAGCUGAAGACGGUCAGAUAUCUGCAUGUCAUCUCCGGGGAUCUUAUCCUCCAUAAGCGUACCCUAGCGCCGAUACGGUCGUUGGUGUACAGAUUACGACGCUACGAUAUGGAUUGGUCCGUUGCCUCCCUUGAUGCAUCGCAGACCGAAAGCACCCAGGUACGGGGCGUACAAGGGUAUCUGUCGCCUACCGCGAAGACAUACCUGGCGGAUGUACUUGAUCACAUGGAAUAUAUCCUGGGGAGCCUGGAUAUGUUCGAAAACGUCACGGAGAACUUGAUCGAUUGUACCUUCAACGUGGCUUCUGGAGAUAUGAACAUGGCUAUGAAGCGCUUGACUGUGGUGACAGUGACCAUGCUGCCCAUGACCUUCCUAACAGGGUAUUUCGGAAUGAAUUUCAACGUCUUCUGGGCCAAGAACACGGACCCCCCGACGAGCGAUAAAUGGUUCUGGGCCAUCGCUUUACCCGUCCUGGCAGCUGUCGGGGUCAUAUUCCUGUGGGCAGACUUGAUGAAACUCAAGCGGCAUAUGCAAACGCGUUCCGUCCUGCGUAACUCGGCCAAGGCCAGUGAGUUCUGA